AGUCACAUUAUGCUCUAUUAUUUAUUUUACCUUAUAUUUAAAAAUCCUAAUUGCUCUUUCUGAACCACUUGAACGAAGGUUUGUUGCAGUUUAUUUUAGAUAGUCAACUUAUAGUUUUUGCCAGUUUCUGUUUCUUUAUUAUUCAUUUAACGUCAUCUGUUAUACUGCUGACUGACUAACUAGUAACUAGAAAGAAACAACAAAAAGCAUCUCAUCAGAAGAUUACAAGUAGAUCUAGUUCCAUGGAAGGAAAAUAAAGGGGAUUGUUUUAUGUUCAUAUAUCCAGAUAAAAUCUGGCAGUUUUGAGUCUGGGAUGAAAUCUGGGAAUGUGUGAGUGAGAUGAGAGCUUUUGGGGAACCCAAGCUGUCGUGAAGCUUUUGAUUCUGCCUCAUUCUCAUCAUUAUCUGUCUUCUUCGCUUUGUCUUCCAAAGAUAAAAAGCAGGACAGAACGUCACAGAUAUGAAUCCACGAUAUCCGUGAUGUGACUGAUUACUAUUACAAUAAAAAAAGAUGCUCCGCUUUUACAGCCGCCAUAAAACAACAAAAUGAAAACAGGCAUCUUAGUUCAACGUUUAGAAAAGAUGAAUCAUCUGGGGAAGUAGUGAAGUGUUCCUUUACGUCUAAAGGGGCCGAUUAGAAACUCGUGAGGAGAAAUGCAGCAGCAGAGGAAGACGAGACGUGGAACACAUCGAGUCAGGAUGCAGCUCCCCUCCCAUCCGGAGCACAGGGAGUAGGCGGUGCUCGGCUUAUUCCUUACUAAGUACUUACAGCCUCUCCCCUCUCAUAGCAGAGAGAGAGUGUGUGUGUGUGAGGGAGAGGGGGCCAGUCGGCUGCACUGAUUCAAAGCCUGCGUGUGUUUUUGUGUUGUGCUCCGCACACUAGAGGGAAUUGGCUUCCCGAUCACUCUCCAAUCUUCCGCCCCAGAGCGUUCCAGCACCCUCCUCCCUUCCCUUGAGCCCCCUUGUGUCUUCCUCCCCCCCCGGCGAGGGAGUUCCGUGCCGGCCCCAUGAUGAAGGAGGAGGGCCUGCUGAACCGCCGGCGGUUCUCCACGUGCGGUGGGACGGCGUCGCUUCGACCUCCGCACCCGGACGGACGCAAGCUCAUCCGCAACGCCUCCUUCGGGGGCUAUAACGAGCUGUCGCCCAUCUCGCUUCCAGGUUUUGAGAGAGUAAAGGAGGACCUUCUUCCUCUGCCUUUGAAAGAGGAUUCGAAUUCCAUAUCAAAGAGCAAGUCUGAAACCAAACUGUACAAUGGUUCAGAUAAGGAUGUGCCAGCGUCUGGCGGAAAGCUCACCAAGAAGGAGUCCCUCAAGGUGCAGAAGAAGAACUACCGAGAAGAAAAGAAAAGGGCGACCAAGGAGCUGCUUAGCACCAUCACAGACCCUUCUGUUAUCGUCAUGGCCGACUGGCUGAAGAUCCGAGGCACACUGAAGAGCUGGACCAAGCUGUGGUGCGUGCUGAAGCCCGGCGUCCUCCUCAUAUACAAGACUAACAAAAACGGCCAGUGGGUGGGAACGGUGCUGCUGAACGCCUGCGAGCUCAUCGAGAGGCCCUCCAAGAAGGACGGCUUCUGCUUCAAGCUCUUUCACCCGCUGGAGCAGUCCAUCUGGGCGGUGAAGGGUCCUAAAGGAGAGGCGGUGGGCUCCAUCACGCAGCCGUUACCCAGCAGCCACCUCAUCUUCCGCGCCGCAUCAGAGUCUGAUGGUCGAUGCUGGAUGGACGCCUUGGAGCUGGCCCUGAAGUGCUCCAGCCUGCUGAAGAGGACCAUGAUCCGGGAGGGGAAGGAGGACAUGAGCACCUUGUCCACUGGUGGAGACCACUCCAUUAACUUCUACAGCCUCCUCAGAGCCCACAACAUCCACGGUUUCCAGUUCAACGACAGCGACCACCUAAAAGACCCGGACCUGUACUCAGACAAGUCGGACCGGGAGGGCGAACAGGACCACGAGGAGUCGGACCCCGAGGCCCUGGAGAAGAGCGAGGAGAGCGACAGCGACACGUCAGAGCGCCAGGACGACUCGUACAUCGACCUGGACCCCAACGAGCACCUGCGGGAAACCCCGUAUAUGGAGCAGUCGCACGAAGAGCUGGGGGAGGCCGGCGAGGCUGCACAGACGGAGACCGUAUCCGAGGAGAACAAGUCUCUGAUCUGGACUCUGCUGAAGCAGGUGCGGCCAGGCAUGGAUCUGUCCAAGGUCGUCCUGCCCACCUUCAUCCUGGAGCCAAGGUCCUUCCUGGACAAGCUGUCCGACUACUACUACCACGCAGACUUCCUGUCCGAAGCUGCAGUUGAAGAGAAUGCCUAUAACCGGAUGAAGAAGGUGGUGAAAUGGUACAUCUCUGGAUUUUACAAAAAGCCAAAGGGGUUGAAGAAGCCGUACAACCCUAUCAUUGGAGAGACAUACCGAUGCAUGUGGCUCCAUCAGAAGACCAACAGCAAGACUUUUUACAUCGCAGAACAGGUUUCUCACCAUCCGCCAGUGUCGGCCUUUUAUGUCAGCAACAGGAAAGACGGGUUCUGCCUCAGCGGCAGCAUCCUCGCCAAGUCCAAGUUCUACGGAAACUCCCUCUCAGCCAUUUUAGACGGAGAGGCUCGGCUCACCUUCCUCAACCGAGGGGAGGACUACGUUAUGAACAUACCCUACGCUCACUGUAAAGGCAUACUGUACGGAACCAUGACCUUGGAGCUGGGAGGUCAGAUCACCAUUGCGUGUGAGAAAACGGGCUACAGUGCUCAGCUCGAGUUCAAACUGAAGCGGCAGCCGUUCCUGGGCAGCAGCGAUUGUGUCAACCAGAUCUCUGGGAAGAUCAAGCUGGGAAAGGAGGUCCUGGCUACUCUAGAGGGACACUGGGACAGCGAGAUCUUUAUCAACGACAAGAAAACGGGGACGAUGGAUACGUUCUGGGACCCGACGCCGGAGCUGAGGCAGAACAGGCUGACACGCUACACCGUCCCACCUGAAGAGCAGGGGGACUUCGAGUCAGAAAGGCUGUGGCAGCACGUGACUCGAGCGAUCAACAACAAGGACCAGACGGAGGCUACCAAUGAGAAGUUCAUCCUAGAGGAAGCUCAGAGGAAGGCGGCCCGGGAGCGCAAAGCCAAAUGCGAGGAUUGGAUCCCCGCCCUGUUCGAGCAGGACCCUGUCACCGGAGAGUGGCAUUACAGAUAUGCCGACACCAGGCCGUGGGAUCCGCUCAACGACCUGAUUCAGUUUGAGAAAGACGGCUGCAUCCAGACCAAGGUCCGACACCGCACCCCUAUGGUACGUUCUGGCAGUCUUAUUAGUCUGAGUAACCAGGGGCCGCGGAGGGACAAUUGCAAGUGCCAGGUAACGGUACCAAAGAGAAAACACAAGAGCGACAAGUCCAAGAGCCCGGAGAGCGGCUGCUCCUCACCAGAACCUGAUCGCCAUGACUCAUCGGGGAGCGAACGUCACAAAAGCAAGCAUAACAGUCGGCUGAGGAAAAAAGGUGCAGACCUCAGCGAACUUCAAAGUGCCAUCGACUCCAUAAAGCAGACGCAGGAGGACAUUAACAGGAGCGUGGCGGCGCUGCGGAUGCGUUCAGCGGGCCGGGCGGAGAACACGUCCUUCCUCCAGCAGCGGGACUACGUCGUCAUCGCCUGCCUCAUCGUCCUUCAGGUUCUCAUCAACUACAUUUUCAAGUAGCAGCCACAAGGCCUCACCCUGAACUCCUUCUCUCACACACACACACACCGGAGAUUUUUAGACGAGCAGACCUCCAGCUCCCUUCUUCUCUCCACUUAACAAACCCAUAUCUUUGUGUCGUGGAAAAGCAGAAGAACUCGGAAAGAGACCGUUUUUAUCGUAUUUAUUCGCAACCAUCACCAUUCCAAAUCUCCGCGGAGAUGCACGGAUUUCAAAGAGAGAGGAACAGCGGUGAGGAGAUUUCACAUGGAAAAAAUGGUUCAACUGCUUCUCGGGAUUUUAUUUUUUGUUUCUGUUUUUUUAUUAACUUGCCUUGAUGUCUAAGGCAAAGACGGCAGCCGUUUUUUUAUUAGCUGUUUCAUUAUUUUUGCUUUUUUUUUUAAACGGAGUGAUGGUACUCUGAUGUUUCACAUUUCACCUCAAACGACAAAGAAGCUUCUAACACAAAAACAAGGACCACAGGUCAGAUUGUAACACAUUCACAUGAGAUCCCUUUAAUUUUAGUGCUUCUUUUUUGUUUUCCUGUUUCAUCUUGUGUUUAACUGAAGCCUGUUCAGAACAGAAAACAAACCAACGUGAUAAAAAAAAGGGAAAGAAAAACAGAGUGGUCUAAUGUGCAACUUUUAUUUUUGUAUGAUCAGAUCCUCUUAUAUUCACCCUCGAUUCCACAUCUGGAAAUAUAAGACAGUGAGAAUAACACAAGGGACAAAAGGAACAGAAGCUAUAGAACUCCGCUUUUUACAUACAAAGUCGUUGUUUAGAGAAAAAAAAAAGAAAAUAGAUCACAUUUGACACAUCCUAUGUGUAUAUUGUAAGUAGCGAACUUUAACCCUUUGGAGACCAUUUUUGUCUUACGGCACAAAUGCACUGGAAAUGUGGGACAUUCACUUUGGUAUCGACUCAGCAUUGAGACAGACUGAUGCUCUAAUCAAGAAAAAAAAAUAAAGAUAUAUAUAUAUAUUUGAAGUCUUUUUAAAACACCCCAGUGACCACUGCCCUUUUACUGUCCUAAUUUAAGCUAGCCGACCUUCUGGUUGAGAUUAGUAAUAAAGAAUCUUAGAGCGGCACUCUGUCUUCUUAAGCCUAAUUUUGUAGUAUCGGUAGUUUCUUCAAGCUUAGAGUGAGAACGAAUGAUUGUUUUUUAUGCUCACUAUUUUAACAUCUCUUUAACAACUUAAGUAUAAAAACCUCACAUCUAAGUUUGAAAGGGUGCCAUUUAUUAUUAUUCUUAUUAACAAUGUUUCCACCAAUCCGGUUCUAGUGUUGAACUACGUCUUGGUGCUGUAGCCGGUUUUUAACUGGCUCAAUAGAAAAUCCAACAAAAUCGAGUCAAAGCACUUCAUUCGUCUCAUUAUCUUCAACCAGGUGUCCUGAUAUAAUUGGUUACUCAUUUAAAACUUCAUGAUUUUAUUAUUUGUUUCUAAAUAUUUAUCUGAAUGUUACGGAACUAAUGUUUAUAUGCAGGCUGAUCAGUUUUAACGUGGUAAGCUGAUGUUAGGAUGCUUCUUGUUGGUUUAAGUCGACACUAUUUUAACUUUUUUCCAUAUUUCGAUUUGGUUAAUUGUAUGCUGUUAGAGAUGACAGAAAAUGAAUCAUAAAUCUAUAUUUACCACAGAAAGUAGUGUCUGCACGCAAAGUCGACACCAUUGGUUUGAUUGAGACCUUCCUGUUUGGAAGCAAAAGUUGAUAUAAGUCUGAAGUUGAGAACCCUUUCACUUUUAGUUUGUAAGUAAUGUUAUCAACAGUUUUUCUUCUGGUUGGAAGUACCAUUAAUAUAUUGAAGUCCUAAUUUAAGUGGUAUAUGAUCUGUGCUAAAGAUGAGGCUGAUGACAAUAAUCUAAUAUCAAUUAUUUCCACCAUAUAAUUUUUUAUAUAAAAUAUCCGACUGCUGGUGUCCAUGAGUGCACCUCUAAUAAUAACUUUGCCAAAAACAACUUAUUUAUUUAUUUUUCUGGAGCUUUAGUUAAAAACAAAUGCCAAGCAAGCACCAGCAGCAGUUUAACAUGUGAACUUAAUUGGUGGGGAAUUAGUGAAAUAGAAGCAUGUGGCAAAAAUAGGUUCCAAGUAGACAAAUCAAAGCUCAACACUUUGUUUGAACUUCACUGCCUGACUGCAGCAGCUCCGCUGCACAUCCGAUAAAGAGCAUCAGUCACUUCCUCCAGCGCAUUUGAGCCUCAAAGUUUCAAUAUGUAACCUAGAAUAGACUCUGUUCUGAGGCUCCUCGUCGGAGCGCAUAGACUUGUAGACCUUUUUCUAACCGUCGCCAUGUUAAGAGCAUUCCAAAUGUACAAAAACUUGCAGCCAAGUUGUGUGUUGGAGUAGAAGUCGGUUGGAGUCACUGUGUAAAUAAUCCGGGUGGGCGACGGCGCCUCCGGAGCGGCACGCGGACACUCUCACUGUGUGCACAAACCGUUUUCCUUCUCCUGUUUGAGUUUUACUAGUUGACGAACAUCCUGGUAAGUUUAGCAGCACUGUUUUACUGUGUUUUUAUUUAUGUCUUCGCCUGUUAUGAUGUUAGCCUUGUCGACGUUUACAUAUAUCCGAUUGCCUCCGCCGUCAGCAGACUGUUAAGCGAUGGAAGCUUCGGGACAACAGAGACCGGUAGCAUUCGUAGAAGCCAGCUGUACCCCUGGAAGUUACCCGGCUGGCCCGAGUGUAUGUGUGUUUGUUUUUUCCCGUGCGUCCUCAUUGCCUGAGAUGGUAGAAUGUUUGGAAAUAAGUAUGUACCAGUGCCUUUUAAAGUCAGACAUGGGCUGAAAUGGUAGCUUGAAGGAGGUGGCGUGGGCAGGGUGCAACAGAAGGUAUAGUCUGAUUUCGGAGUUGGACUGUGGUUGGGUUUACUGUAGAGUUGUAGUGUGGACGGUGCCAUAUGAAGUCUGACUCCACAGGUAGACACCUGCUACCCGUAGAUUCCCAAAGGCCGAUCCCCUGCCACAGGAGGAAGAGUGCAGUUUUCCUUCCCGUCUCCCUCUUUCCCUUGUCUUCAACACACAAAACGUGGAGGGAAGCGGCCAUCUUUACUGUACGUCAUCGUUGCAGUGUCUGUGAAAUAUCGUUUUAUUUAUUCCUCUUUUGUAUGUGGGUUUAUGUUGAACAUUUGUUUUUCUGCUCAUAGUUUUAGGUGAUUGUUCUUUUGUCUUAUUUAAUGUUUGUUUUAUUUUUCAAAAAGCACAUGCUUGUUUUUAUUUCACUUCACAUUAAUAGACACACAGGACUGUCCGAACCGGGGCGACUCACUUCCCCACACACGCAUCACACACCUUUUUCCUAUUCAAGUAAUUGAAUAUAUUUACUGUAUCGCCAUGAAAACUGUAACUUCUCUGAAGUUUAUGGUCACAUGUAACACAAUAAAAACAAAUUACAUACUUCA